CAGGCUAGAGAUGGCAAAGUUGGUUUUUCUGUCUGCCUUUUCCGUUGCUGCCCGGAAAACAGGGAGCCACCCACCGCCCCCAACCUGCUGCAAACAAUAACCCGCUAGGCUGACUGUAACAUGGCUUACAGGACUUCUCCGGCUGUUCCCCCUUAAAUAGAAGUGAAAGAACCAGAUUCAAAGAAAGUUCCAGUGGCUUUAAGAGCUUCAUGGCGGAGGGAGGUUUCAGGUUUUCUGCGCUGCAUCAUGCAGCCCUGGUUGGAAGCUUGGAGCUAAUUUCCCUGCUGUUGGAGGCUCAGGCCACUGUGGAUAUUAAGGACAUCAAUGGAAUGCGCCCGCUGCACUAUGCUGCCUGGCAAGGCAAAGUGGAACCAGUGCGCUUAUUGCUACGGGCUGCUGCUUCAGUCAACUUGGCAUCGCUGGAUGGACAGAUCCCAUUGCACCUUUCUGCACAAUAUGGUCAUUACGAGGUGUCAGAAAUGCUGCUCCAGCACCAGUCCAACCCAUGCCUUGUCAACAAGGCCAAGAAAACCCCCCUGGACUUGGCUUGUGAGUUUGGAAGGCUGAAGGUGGCCCAGCUGCUUCUGAACAGCCACCUGUGUGUUUCUUUGCUGGAGGGACAAUCCAAAGACACAACUGACCCCAACUACACAACUCCUUUGCACUUGGCAGCCAAGAAUGGACACAAAGAGAUCAUCAGGCAGCUUCUAAAAGCAGGAAUUGAGAUCAACAAACAGACAAAGACUGGUACCGCCCUGCACGAGGCAGCGUUGUACGGGAAAACAGAGGUGGUGCGCCUGUUAUUGCAGGGUGGCAUCGAUGUCAACAUUCGCAACACCUACAACCAGACAGCCCUGGACAUUGUGAACCAAUUCACCACCUCACAUGCCAGCAAGGACAUCAAACAACUACUGCGAGAGGCAUCAGGAAUCCUGAAGGUCCGAGCUCUGAAGGAUUUCUGGAAUUUGCAUGACCCAACAGCUUUGAACAUUCGUGCUGGAGAUGUCAUCACGGUCCUGGAGCAGCAUACAGAUGGGCGCUGGAAGGGCCAUAUCCAUGAUGCUCAAAAAGGCACUGACCGAGUUGGCUACUUCCCCCCUUCCAUUGUAGAAGUCAUCAGCAAGCGCACAGGCAUGACUCUUCCCCGCAUGGUGCCCUCACACCUGUGCCAGAGCUUUGCCAAGGGCCAGCAGCUUGCCGCUGCUGUCCCCCAGAGUGUGCUGCAGCCACAUACAGACGCUUCUCCACCCGUUUCGCCAAAGGCUCCCCUCAGCCUGCCUGAGGCCUGCGGCCACCUCACCCUGACCAGGACAGUCCCAGCGCCCGAGAGCCCAGGUGAUAGGAACAGUGUGGGCAGUGAGGGCAGCAUUGGUAGCAUCCGGAGUGCUGGCAGCGGGCAGAGCGCUGAAAGCACCAAUGGGCAGAACACUGGACUCCUCAUUGAGAACAUGAAGCCUCUUUCACCUGGUGGAGAAGAUCUACAUCAGCAUCUCUUGGGCUCCAGUUCUCAGAAUGGCCAGACAAACACUUUGAUAGGGACUUUGGCACACCAGAACCUCACCAACUGCAACACCAGUGACAGGAUCUUCUCCCACCAGUACCUGCGGCCAGAGCAGCUCCUAGAGGGGAAGGAUGCUGAAGCUAUUUACAAUUGGCUGAGUGAAUUCCAGCUGGAGAGCUACACAGCCAACUUCCUGAAUUCAGGCUACGAUGUGCCGACUAUCAGCCGCAUGACUCCGGAGGAUCUCACAGCUAUUGGGGUGACCAAACCAGGCCACAGGAAGAAAAUCUCCACCGAAAUUGGGCAGCUCAGCAUUGCCGAGUGGCUUCCCAAUUACAUCCCUGAUGACCUGAUGGAAUGGCUGAGUGCUAUUGGGCUACCCCAGUAUCAUAAGAAGCUGGUGAGCAACGGCUACGACUCCAUCAGCAUAGUGACAGAUCUCACCUGGGAAGAUCUGCAGGAGAUUGGCAUCAACAAACUGGGUGAGAACAGAGCAGGGAAAUACAGAUUGAUACGGAUGUCUGUGAACGAUGGGGCGGACUGUGAGCUGCCGCUCGAAAUCCGCUGGGCUGCUGACCGCGGAGUCGGCGGAUGCUCCGCCUCAAGCGGUUUGUCUCCCCCCCCACUCCCCAGAUAUGCGGGCAAGCCCUGGUCAGCCACUGGUCGUAAUACUACCCGCUGCUCUGAUGAUGCAAUGAUCAGCGCCAAAAAAGUCCACCUGGUGGCCCUUUGA